AUGGAGAGAAGUGAGGAGAAGGUUGCCAGUGACAAGCCCGUGGGGCAAGAGCAGGGCAGUGGGGCAGCAGGGCUGAUGCUGAAGAGGGAGAUUGGUCUAUGGAGUGCAGUGUCCAUGACCGCUGGCUGUAUGAUUGGUUCUGGCAUCUUCAUGUCACCACAGGGGGUCUUGGUUUACAUAGGCAGUCCUGGAGCCAGUCUUAUUGUCUGGGCAACCUGUGGCCUCCUGGCCCUGCUGGGUGCCCUGUGCUAUGCUGAACUGGGCAGCCUGGUUCCUGAAUCUGGGGGAGACUAUGCCUACAUUUUGCGAACCUUUGGCUCUCUGCCUGCCUUUCUGGUCAUCUACAUAUUCGUUCUGGUAGGCAGACCAGCUGCCAUCACUGCCGUCUCUCUGAGUUUCGCUGAGUAUGCACUGGCUCCCUUUUACCCAGGCUGCUCCUCACUCCCUCAGGUCAUAGUCAAGAUCGUGGCUUCUUCUUGCAUCCUCCUGCUGCUUCUGAUCAACUUCUGGAGCUCACGGAUGUCCACUGUGCUGAUGAAUGUGUGCACGGCCGCCAAAGUGUUCUCACUGCUAGUCAUUGUAGUGGGUGGGGCCGUGGUGCUGGCACAGGGCCAUAUUCCCACAGAAUCCCUGCUGUUUGCCUUCCACAACACCACACAGCAAGCAGGGCGCAUUGGCAUGGCUUUCUACCAGGGGCUGUGGUCCUUUGACGGCUGGAAUAAUAUCAACACGGUGAUAGAGGAGCUCAAGAACCCAAAGCAGAACCUGGUGUGGGCAGUGAUGAUUGCCAUCCCCCUGGUCACCAUCCUGUAUGUCCUGGUCAAUAUCAGUUACCUGCUGGUUAUGUCAACCUCAGAGAUCCUCUCCUCUGAUGCCAUAGCUGUGAGCUGGGGGGACCAAGUUCUGGGGUCCUGGGCCUGGCUGGUGCCCUUGGCUGUUGCACUUUCAACAUUUGGUGCUGUCAAUGGUGGGUUCUUCAGCGGCAGCCGCGUGUGUUAUGCAGCUGCAAGAGAAGGUCACAUGCCCCAGCUUAUGUCCAUGAUUCAUGUGCAUCGACUUACACCAGCCCCAGCCCUGAUCUUCACUACAGCUGUGGCCUUGCUACUGGUCAUCCCAGCAAACUUCAGCACCUUUGUGAACCUCUUGAGCUUCCUGUCCUGGCUCACCUAUGGGACCACCUUUGCCUGUCUCCUGUAUUUGCGAAUAAAGACAAAGAAUCUUCCCCACACUUACAAGGUUCCCACCAUCAUCCCUGCCAUCAUGCUCCUGGUGUCUCUCUACCUGGUGCUGGCACCCAUCAUUGACCAUCCCCAGAUGGAAUUCCUAUACAUCUUCCUGUUCAUGCUCAGUGGCUUCCCGGUGUACUUCCUGCUUUUCCACUUCCAGUGUCAGUCCAAGUGUAUACAGACAGCCACUAUGCAUCUCCAGAUGCUCCUGGAAGUUGCUCCAACCAUUAAAGAUCAUUGA